AUGAUCUGGACCAACUCCGUUCUUGUCACCCUUGCUGGGGUGACCCAAGUCGCGUCGCAAUCAUUUCAACAGACGCCAGUGAUGGGUUGGAACUCGUACAACCAGAUGUCGUGUAGCCCAAAUACCCAGAAGAUAACUACGACCAUCAACUCCCUCGCCAGCCGCGGCUUUGUCGAUGCGGGCUACAAGUUCUUUCAAAUUGACUGUGGGUGGGCCUCAAGAGAUGGACAACGAAACGCUACCAGCGGUGCACUGAAGGUAGACCUAAAGGCCUUCCCAGGCGGCCUGAAGCCUUUAAGCGACCUUGCCAGGUCCAAAGGCAUGAAGUGGACAAUGUACUCGGAUGCCGGUGUGCGGAUGUGCGACCCGCAGGCACCGAGUCCUGUCUUAGGCUCCUUGGGACACGAAGCUGCGGACGCGGACUUCUUCAAGACGUUGAACACCGAAUACGUCAAGUAUGACAACUGCUAUGCGGACGGGCCUGCAGCUAGCCAGAACGCACCCAAGAACGCCAGGACUGAUUUCGUCUCCCGAUUCGGCGUCAUGUGGAAAGAACUCCAACGAGUCGGCAUUCCCGGAAUGUUAAUCUGCCAAUGGGGUGUGCCUUUCACCACCUCUACUGGCUUGCAAGGACCUGCUCAGUGGACGAAGAGCAUUUCUACAUCCUUCCGACUAUCGGAUGACAUCACGCAGGGUUGGGCAUCUAUGUUCCGCAUCUAUAACCAAGCCGUACACAUCGCCAAAUCGGGUCUGGUCGCUCCAGGACAUAUUGCCGAUGCUGACCUACUUAUGGUGGGCAACUCUGGUAUGACGUUUGACGAGCAAGCUACGCAUUUCGCUGCGUGGGCUAUGCUGAAAUCGGCGCUCAUGGUGUCAACUGAUGUUCCAGCUCUAUCGAAUGAACUUGUCGCUGUUUUACAAAACAAAGACCUGAUUGCUAUCAACCAAGACUCAGCAGUCAAGCCAGUCACACUACGCCAGCGCUGGAGUGGGGAUCGAGACCUCUGGGCUGGCGAUCUGUCGAAUGGAGACAUGGCUGUCUUAGUCGUAGAUCUCAGCAACACUGCCCGCGCGCUGAGCCUGCAGCUCUCUGAACUGGACAUAGCCUCGGCAUCUAUAAAGGAUCUCUGGACUGGUAAGACUGUCAGCGAAGCUUCUCUUUCCAAACAAGUCAAAGCUCACGGGUCUCUCGCCAUCCGUCUUUCCAACAUCCGUCGCUCCACUGCUGCCAAACCCACAUACACCUAUGUCUCCGCAUCAACUGGCUCUCUUUCUUCAGGCGCGAACGCCCAAUCCUGCUCCGGCUGCACCUCUUCCAACAAAGUCGGCAAUCUGGGUGGUUCUUCGAACGGUCGAGUAACACUCUCCAACAUCCGCACAUCUAAAGCUACGCAAACAGUGCUUUUCGACUAUAUCAACGGACAGGUUGACUACAUGGGCGGUAGCAACGAGCGCGUCGCAGCGAUCAGCGUGAAUGGAGCAGUAGCAAAGACCGUCAGCUUUCCUCUGAGUGGGUACAAUUGGGACAAAGACGUUUACAAGAAUUACGGUGUGGAAUUGUCGGGUUUCAGCACUACAGGUACUAACACCAUCACCAUUUCUGGUGUUGGAAGCGCGUACGCACCGGAUGUUGACAGGGUGGGAGUUGUUGUUUAG